AUGGGAGACUCAGUUUCUCUACCUGAAGCUUUUGAGAAAGCAGUAGUUUCUUCACAGGGAACAUUAAAAAAAACCUAUUUUAAAUCAAAUGGGAGUGAACCUUUGGUCACUGAUGGUGAAGUUCAAGUGUCUGAUAUUAUUCUUACAAAUAUGAUCUGUAACAAGAGCACUGUGACAUCUACUACACAUCCCAAUCAACACAUUCCAGCCUGGACCACGGAUGCUUCUCUCCCAGGGGACCAGAAUCACAAGAACACAAGUGCCUGUAGGAACAUCACCCACAGCCAGUGUCAGAUGCUGCCCUACCAAACCACGCUAACACCUCUCUUCUCAAUUGUCAAAAACACGGAAGUGGAGAAGUUCCUCAAGUUCUUCAUGUACCUCCAUCGCCUCAGCUGCUACCAACAUAUCAUGCUUUUUGGCUGUAGCCUCGCCUUCCCCGAGUGCGUCGGUGAUGCUGAUGACAGCCGUGGACUCCUGCCCUGUAGGUCCUUCUGUGAGGCUGCCCAAGAGGGUUGCGAAUCAGUCCUGGGGAUGGUGAAUGCCUCCUGGCCUGACUUCCUCACCUGCUCCCAGUUUAGAAACCAAACCGAAAGCAGCAAUGUCAGCAGGAUUUGCUUCUCACCACAACAGGAAAAAGGCAAGGAAUCGCUCUGCGGAGGGGGCGAGAGCUUUCUGUGCGCCAGCGGGCUCUGCGUGCCCGGGAAGCUGCAGUGCAAUGGGCACAACGACUGUGACGACUGGAGCGACGAAGCGCAUUGCAAUUGCAGUGAGAAUAUGUUCCACUGUCACACGGGCAAGUGCCUUAAUUACAGCCUUGUGUGUGAUGGAUACGAUGACUGCGGGGACCUGAGUGAUGAGCAGAACUGUGAUUGCAAUCCCACAAAGGAGCAUCGCUGUGGAGAUGGGCGCUGCAUCGCAAUAGAGUGGGUGUGUGAUGGUGACCAUGACUGUGUGGAUAAGUCUGAUGAGGUCAAUUGCUCCUGCCACAGCCAAGGUCUGGCCGAGUGCCGGAGCGGACAGUGUAUCCCCAGCACCUUCCAGUGUGACGGGGACGAGGACUGCAGGGACGGCACUGACGAGGAGAAUUGCAGCCAGAGUCAGACUCCAUGUCAAGAAGGCGACCAAAGAUGCCUCUACAAUUCCUGCCUUGAUUCAUGUGGUGGUAACUCCCUGUGUGACCCGAACCACAGUCUGAAUAACUGUAGUCAAUGUGAACCAAUUACGUUGGAACUCUGCAUGAAUUUACCCUACAACUAUACAAAUUAUCCAAAUUACCUUGGCCACAGGACUCAAAAGGAAGCAUCCAUCAGCUGGGAGUCUUCUCUUUUCCCUGCACUUGUUCAAACGAAUUGUUACAAAUACCUCAUGUUCUUUGCUUGCACCAUUUUGGUACCAAAGUGUGAUGUGAACACAAGCCAGCGGAUCCCACCUUGCAGACCACUAUGUGAGCACUCCAAAGAACACUGUGAGUCUGUGCUUGGGAUCGUGGGCCUACAGUGGCCUGAAGACACAGAUUGCAAUCAGUUUCCAGAGGAAAAUUCAGACAACCAAACCUGCCUAAUGCCCGAUGAAGCUGUGGAAGAAUGCUCACCUAGUCACUUCAAGUGUGGCUCUGGACGGUGUGUUCUGGCUACCAGAAGAUGUGAUGGCCAGGCUGACUGUGACGAUGACAGUGAUGAAGAAAACUGUGGCUGUAAAGAGAGAGAUCUUUGGGAAUGUCCAUCCAAUAAACAAUGUUUGAAGCAUACAGUCAUCUGUGAUGGGUUCCCAGACUGUCCUGAUGGCAUGGAUGAGAAGAACUGUUCAUUUUGCCAGGAUGACGAACUCGAAUGUGCAAACCAUGAGUGUGUGUCCCGUGAGCGCUGGUGUGAUGGGGAAGCCGACUGCUUGGACAGUUCUGACGAGUGGGACUGUGUGACCCUCUCUAAAAAUGUGAGCUCCUCUGCGUUCCUGACGGCUCACAGAUCUGCCAUAGAAUACCACGUGUGUGCGGAUGGCUGGCAGGAGACGUUAAGUCAGCUGGCCUGCAAGCAGAUGGGUUUAGGAGAACCAUCUGUGACCGAAUUGGUACAGGAACAGGAGCAAGACCAACUGUGGUUGACAUUACACUCCAGCUGGGAGAGCCUCAACGGGACUACUUUGCAUGAACUGUUGGUAAAAGGGCAGGCUUGUCAUAGCAGAAGUAAGAUUUCUCUUCUGUGUACUAAACAAGACUGCGGGCGUCGCCCUGCUGCCCGAAUGAACAAGAGGAUCCUUGGGGGUCGGACGAGUCGCCCUGGAAGGUGGCCAUGGCAGUGUUCCCUGCAGAGUGAACCCAGUGGACACAUUUGUGGCUGUGUCCUCAUUGCCAAGAAGUGGGUCCUGACAGUUGCCCACUGCUUCGAGGGGAGAGAGAACGCUGCCGCCUGGAAAGUGGUGUUUGGCAUCAACAACCUAGACCGCCCGUCACCGUUCCUGCAGACGCGCCUCGUGAGGACCAUCAUCCCGCACCCGCGCUAUAGCCGAGCGGUGGUCGACUACGACAUCAGCAUCGUGGAGCUGAGCGAAGACGUCAACGAAACCAGCUACGUCCGGCCGGUCUGCUUGCCCAGCUCGGAGCAGGCCUUGCAACCCGACACGUACUGCUCUAUCACAGGCUGGGGGCACGUGGGCAACAAAAUGCCUUUUAAGCUGCAAGAGGGAGAGGUCCGCAUCAUCCCCCUGGAGCAGUGCCGGUCCUACUUCGACAUGAAGACCAUCACGGCGCGGAUGGUGUGCGCGGGGUAUGAGUCCGGCACCGUCGACUCGUGCAUGGGUGACAGCGGUGGGCCACUUGUUUGCGAGCGGCCUGGAGGACAGUGGACAUUAUUUGGUUUAACGUCGUGGGGCUCUGUCUGUUUUUCCAAAGUCCUGGGGCCCGGAGUUUAUAGCAAUGUGUCAUACUUCGUCGAAUGGAUUGAAAGACAAAUAUACAUCCAUACCUUUCUCCUAAACUAAUUCCAAAGAUGAUGAGAGACUUUUGCCAGCUACAAAGAAAAUGGCCCUGUCAACUGUGGAGAGCUCCCCGCAGAGAGCCGUCCAGAAGCACUUUUCAUGGACAGGGAUGCUCAGCGGUGCACUGCAAAUUUUCAUGUUUGUUUUGGUCUCAUUUUAUUCAGUUUUUUCAAUUUUAGUUUUCUCUUACUUCAAGUUUAAUGACAGUCUUUAAAAAAAACAAAAAAAACCCAACAAACAAAGCAGAUUUUGUUCUUUUGCCAGGCCUAAUCUUGACCAUAGCACAAAAGUAUCAGCUCUGGAAUAAGGCAGGUGCUAGGGUAACAGGUUCUAGAGAAUUCUCUUUAUCCCAGUCACAGAGAGGCCAUUGAGAUCCAGGCUCUUUGCCAGCUUUUGUUUCUCAAGCACAAUAGCAGAGUGGCAAAUUUCAAUAUUAAUACUGGAGACUUGCUUUUGAUUUAUUAAGAGCCAAGACAGUUUACCUGCUUAAAUUAUUUACUGUUACUCAAGUCUGCAUAAUUCUGAAAACCUAUGAAAGAUAGUCAGAGGUAAGAGACAAGUGCCAUCCAUUUAGGUAGCUGAAAUGGCAAGACAUAUUGAACACAAAGCUCUUUAGACAUCAACAAUAGCAUUUAACAGUGUAAGACUGCACGUUCUGAACUUAAAUCAAGGAUGUAACCUUAUAGAAAAGUCUCCAUAGAACCUUCCCUCUAGCUGGGAUUUGUUCAGUGUGUAUCAGCUGGCUGACUGGGACCUCAACAGCUAGAGUAAUAUUCGUGGGAAACAUUUUGUUGUGCCUAUGUGACAAUGAAUGGAGAUUCAACUGUCAAAGGCCUGGAGAGAUUCAAUUUUUGAAAACAAAAAUUAAAUUGCACCCGACCUCCAAUUCAGUAUUUUCCAACUUUCCUGUGUUCGCCCAUAAUGAUAAAAUCACAGAAAUGCCUCUCAAAGCAUAGUUCAAGUUUGCGUGGAGUAAAACAUUUUGUAAUUUUCCUUGAAACGUGUUUAGUAUCUGAUGUUGCCAUUGCCUCCCCUUGAUAAUUAAAACAAAAAUUUUAAAAAUGCUUUUAAGCACUAGGCCACUUUGUGCACAUCAAUUUCUGAAGUAACUAGCGGUUAAAAGUAUUUUUUUCCCCACUAAAAAUCUUCAAAAUGCAAAUUUUCACACUAGAAGUAAUUUAGUUAGGCGUCCAUUUUGCAACACCCAAAUGCCUUCGGAACAAGGAAGAUUCCCCACUAACCUUCACCAGCACCCCGGACUGCCUCGGCAUCCCCCGCCCCUGCAGAGACUUACCUGCAAUUUUAUACCUGGGUUUUUGUACUUUUUCCUAUGUGUGCACAUAUUUCAGAAUCGAAACGUUGCCUUGACACAUUCCAUGUUAUUCAUCUCCUGUUCCAGAGUUUGUGUAAACCUACUGAGAAUGUGAAAUCCAACAAUAGAAUUACGGUGAGGACUGUUACAGUGGUAGGUACAUACUUCAUGUAAUAACUGUUAGCCUUGCUCAACUUAUGUUCAGGCAAGUGUACCUAACUGUACUUAUUCUAAAUAACCCUUAAUACAAAUAAAAUGGUACAACCCUUUUUUUUUUUUUAAUGGACAUGGAACAUGGAAAUAGCAAGUCCCAGAAAACCAUGCCUCCCACUUUACAGUUGGCCCCCAGCCGCCGACCAAUCCGAAUUUACCUGUCAUGUGUCUGUCACAGGAACGUGCUCUUUUAUUUUAGGUGAUGGAUGGCUCUCUAAAAUGAGAGGUUCCUAAUAGUUUCAAGUCCCUUAGGAGUCCAAAGAAAACUUUAAACCUGGUAAGAGUGCAAGGAAUCUUUCAUGUCUAGAGUAUAUUUUGGGAGCCUGAUAUAAUAAUUCUUUCACAAAUCUUUUGGGGUAAAAUUAUACCACAAAAUAUAAACUAUUAAUUUUUCCUGGCUACCAGGAGCAAUGAUACAAUGCUUGGUCCCCCGAAAUUUGGUAAAAUACACUGAAUACCAACAUGCAAUAGAUCCCAUCAGCUUGGGUUAACUCUGCGUAAAGUUAUUUACUUGUAAAUGAGACCCUUUAAAGGCUUGAUACAGAUCCCAAAUCUCUUUUGCCCAAGGGCCAGUUAUGUUUCCGAAUCCAGAAUUUUUCAGAAUUUAAAAAAUAGAAUUUAGCACCCAGUCAUAAAAUACAUUUUUAUAGCAAAAUAUCUGAAUAAUUACAUUAAAGAAAUUGCCUUACAUCUGUUCCGGACAUUGAAUUUGUGCCUAAUUUAUGAAAAAUUUUUCAGUUUCAGAGCUCUCGGGAUUUUGGAGUUGUGGAUAAGAGUUUGCGGACUCGUAACAUGAACACUCAAGACUUUCUUCUGCUUUUAUGCACGGAUGCUUGACACCUGGGAGACUGACUUUUUUCCUCAGUCCUCUUGGCUUAUUCUUCUUACCUUUAGAUUCUAACCCUUUAUUUAUAUUCAGGCAAUGAAUACCAGCUGCUAUGAGGAUGACAGAUGAUAGGACAUUACUGAUUUUUCCAUAU